CUCUGCAGCCCGGCGGAUGGAGCGGAGCCGCAGCCGAGCUGGAUGGAGGCGUUAAGUAACAGCGCCCGGGAGCGGCUCCGGGUACCACCGAGCGGCAGCCGCCGCGCCGGGCUCCCCCCGCGGCCGGAAUGAGCGGAGGGGGCCGAACGGCUGUCAGAGCCCCCCGGGGAUCCCCCGGGCACCCCCCGGCCCCGCCGCUCCCGGGAGACAGCGGCUCAGCCUGGGAGAGCGCCCGGUGCCGGUGGAGAUUUCUUGCCCUGGGAGUGAGAUGAAUGGGAUUUCACUAGACAAAGGAUCUCAGUCAGCAUUUCAGGCCCCAAGACGAGUCCGGGGACUUUUCAUUCUUUGUCUGAAAGGGCAACGGUGCCUUUUCCAUUAGAUGGAUGCUAGAGAGAGCCGGGGCCGCCCAGCAGAAAGGAGAGCGAGAAGAGCUGCGUCAGCUGAUCAGCUUUCAAAUCACCUUCAAACCCUCGAUUUCCUUAACAUGAUCCCUCCAUCAGCCAAGUCUCCGGGGCACCGCCGGGAGACUUUGCCGAGAGAAGAAUAACCUGGGGACGACAGUGACGGCCACUGCUGCAGAAAACCCCCGUGCACAGCGGUCGUGGGAGCUCAAAAUCCACCUCUACUGCCUUGCCCAGCCCUCCUGGACUUUUUAGUGUUGGGCAAUAGCUUUGUAUAACCUCACUCUGCAGCCCCCACUGUGCUUUCAGGGCACCCAUCUGCUCCUCUGGGAGCUUCUCCCAGCCCAGGGUGGGCAAAACCCCCUUUGGAGCAUCCCUGGGGCCGGAGAGCAGCUCCCCCGUGGCGCCAGCUGCCGGGGAAGGGAUGAAGACGCUAUGGCCAAAUUAUUGGUAAAACUCCAACGAUAUUUUCGGCGAAAACCUGUGCGUUUCUUUACUCUGCUGGCUCUCUACCUGGCAGCCGGCAGCUUGGUUUUCCUGCACUCGGGCUUCACCGGGGAGCCCACGGUGACGGGGAGCCCGCGCAGCCCCGGGGCCGGCGAGGGGCCAGGGCUGCCCUACCUGGGGGUGAUGCAGCUGAGCCAUGGCUUCAAGGCGAUGGCAACGAUGCCAGAGGGGGUACGACGGCACAGACCCCGGUUCAAAAACACCUCCAAGGAACCGGCAGAGAGGGGCAAAGCUGGAGACUACGGCAGCACCUGGAGCCGGACACUCAGGGGCAGGAGCGGCCGCGAGAAGGAGGAGGACAGAGCAAGAUACGUCGGCUGCUACGUGGACAACACUCGCCGGAGAACGCUGCGUGGGGUGUCCUUCUUUGACUACAAGAAGAUGACAGUCUUCCGUUGCCAGGACAACUGUGCUGAACGGGGCUACCUCUAUGCGGGGCUGGAAUUUGGCGCGGAGUGUUACUGCGGGCACAAGAUUCAGGCAUCGAACGCCAGUGAGUCCGAGUGCAACAUGGAAUGCAAGGGGGAGAGGAGCAACACCUGCGGUGGGGUCAACCGCCUCUCCAUCUACCGCCUGGAGCUGGCCCAGGAGUCUGCCAGGAGGUAUGGCAGUGCGAUAUUUCGAGGGUGCUUUCGCCGGCCGGACAACGUCUCCAUCGCCCUACCUGUCAGCCAGCUGAUGCUGAACAUGUCAGUGGACAAGUGUGUGGACUUCUGCACUGAGAAGGAGUACCCGCUGUCAGCUCUGGCUGGGACCACCUGCCACUGCGGCUUCCCCACCACCCUCUUCACCCUGCACGAGCGUGAGGAUGAGCAGCUCUGUGCCCAGAAAUGCGCCGGUGAGGAGUUCGAGAGCUGUGGCACCACUGAAUACCUCCUUGUCUACCAGACCCAAGUGCAAGACAACCGCUGCAUGGACAGGAGGUUUCUCCCGACCCGUGCCAAGCAGCUGGUGGCCCUGGCCAGCUUCCCUGGUGCCGGCAACACCUGGGCGCGCCACCUGAUCGAGUUGGCCACGGGCUUCUACACCGGUAGCUACUACUUCGACGGGUCUCUCUACAACAAAGGGUUCAAAGGCGAGAGGGACCACUGGCGAAGUGGGAGGACAAUUUGUAUCAAAACCCACGAGAGCGGCCAGAAGGAGAUUGAAUCCUUUGAUUCGGCCAUCCUGCUCAUCCGAAACCCCUACAAAGCUCUGAUGGCAGAGUUCAACCGCAAAUACGGGGGGCACAUUGGCUUCGCGGCUCAUGCCCACUGGAAGGGCAAAGAGUGGCCAGAAUUCGUUGCGAAUUACGCCCCGUGGUGGGCGACGCACACCCUCGACUGGCUGCGCUACGGCAAGAAGGUGUUGGUGGUGCACUUUGAGGACCUGAAGCGGGACCUCUUUGUCCAGCUGCAGCGAAUGGUGGGGCUGCUGGGCAUCACCGCCUGCGAGGACAGGCUGCUCUGCGUCGAGGGACAGAAGGACGGCAACUUUAAGCGAUCUGGCUUGAGAAAAUUGGAGUACGACCCCUACACCCCCGAGAUGAGGAAGAUGAUCAGCGGCUACAUCAAAACAGUGGACACAGCCUUGAAACUCCGCAAUCUGUCGGGGGUGCCGGAUGACUACUACCCGAGAUGAUGGUGACGAUGGCGGGGGGACGUGACCCUGCGUGGCGAGGAGAGGCUCGGUCUUCCCAGCCUCUGCCUACUUCCACCCAGUGGGUGGCUUUUCUUUUAAUUCUCCAUCUGCUGCUAUUCUCUGUUAAUCAACUCUCCCUGCAUGAGCAACGAAUGGUCCCCAGUCAUCGCUGAGCUUGCUUGGCCCAUGCCGAUGCAGUCCCGGGCACGGUGGCACUGCUGAGAGGAUGCGGGUGCCUUCCCCGCUCCAGGGUUGCUGCUCUGUCCCACUGCUGUUUCAGCUGCCGGAGCCCUCCUGAGUAAUGCAGUGGGAUAUUCGUGCCCAUGCCGUGCCUGAUGCAUCCCCCGGUGCUGGUGAUGCCACAGGAGUUGAGCUCCCCUGGGAUGGGUAUUCCCAAACUCCCCUCACUCCUUGGCCAGCCCUGGAAGGCUGCUGCCUGUCCCCAGAUGGAGCUUGUCAGCUUUCCCAUGGGAAGAGAAACCAGGGCGGGUGGCACCGUGUGGGUGAUUCUCCCCUGGAUCCCAGUUGGAGGCUAUGGAAAGGGAUGGAGCUGUGCUGGGAAGACAGUGCCUCCAAACAAGGCUGUGUGAUACCCGUGCGCCAUCCCUUGGCUCCGUGGGGACCCUCCCUGACCCUGGAGAGAGGGGGACUCCCUGGAUGAGGUUGGCAUCCCCAGUCACAGCACUGGGCAGUGUUGCUGCUCCAGCCCUGGGGUGCCCUAUGACGCCCACCCGUGGGCUGCAGGUGGAAGCCACCUCAUGCAUGCGGAUGAUGCUUGAGACCAGGACGUUGGUCCUGGACAGAAGAGCUUUCAGGGCACACAAGCUCAUCCGUGCCUCAUUUCCAAAGCUUAGAAGCCACAACAGCCCCACAGAAGCAGUUUUGGGGGCCACAAGCCGGGGCUGUGCUGCAGCCCAGCUGCAUUAAGCCCACGCAGCGGCAGGGAGCAAAUCCCAGGGCUGAGCUUUUUGGUGUCCCUCUGGCUGAAUCCUGCCCGUGUCUCAUCAGCGGGACCCCUGCCCUAACGCACCCUCACUCGCUGCCUGCCGAUGAGCAAGCGAAACCAAAGGAUCUCCAUGUGCAUUGGGAGGAUGCUGUUCGCCAGGCUGGCUUUGUACAGAGCUGCAUGUGGUCCCCAGCUGUCCCCUUCCCUGUGCCACCCUCCCAGCCCGUCCCCAUCCUGGCUUUGCCGCAACCGAGCUCCCUUUCCUCCUUCCAACCUGCAAGUCCCCUUUGGAUGUAGGUGCAAAAGCCAUAUAUUGUACGCAGCCUUUUCUAGAGUUAGGUAUUUAACAACUGGCUUUUAAUUCUUGAUAUCAGUAGAAAUACAUGCACAGGUCUAAAUCUAGAGACACUGUUCAAUCUAUAUUCAAAGAGAGAGAAGAAAACUCCACGGAGAUAAUGGAGAAUUUAAAUAAAAUAUAUUUUUCUAACGCAUGUGCGGAGCAGACGUGGGCAGCAAUGCCAGGGCUGGGGGGUUCCCAGUCCCGGUUUUUUUGCACGGAGAUGGGUAAUGAGUUUCUAGGGAGCAGCUGUCCUGUUUUUAACUCUUCCCUUGACGAAUGGCUGGAGGUUUUCUAGGAGAGCAGGUGAGCCCCAUCCUGGCAGUGAGAAUCAAGCUGUCCCCGCGCUCCUUCACUUGCAGCGGCCCGGGGGCUGCCUACCUCAGUCAGAACAAAUCCUCAGGUCAAUCCAGCUAUUAAAGGAGAAUUUUUGUUGCUAUUCUGCCUUCCCGUGUGUUUGUGGGGCUGCCCAAGCACCCCGGCAUCCCCCACCCAGCCCAGGGGCUGGAUAUCCCAUGGGAUCUGGCAGACGGCUCCUCUACCUCCAGCUCUAAUCACAUUAAUGUUAUUCCCACAUCUAAACUACUGAUAACUCCAGCAAAGUGGCUCCUUCUUGAAAGCUUUAUUACCUUUACAGCCUCUUUAAAGACAGGUUUAUUCGGGUCCGUGGUGGGAGAGGUGACAUUUACUGCAGGCUUUAUUCCUGUUGCCACCAACCCUUCCUCUGCUCCAGAGCAAGAGCAGGCACGAUGCAAUUUAUUCCUUUUCUCUUGGCCAAUCGCCCUCUUAUCUGGAGUUGGUGAAAUCUCCCUUUUUUAUAGUGUCGGUAUUUGGAGCGAUCACGACACAGGCCAGGCGUGAUUCGCUCUGGCAGCGUCACCUGCGGAAGGGGUCGCGAUCCCUUCUGCCCCUCGGAAGCUGUUAAACCCCAAAAGUCAAUCAACCUGCGAGAUAAAACAAGCGACAAUAUCGCGUGCAGCCCUAGUGGGUCCUGGGCUGCGGCUUCUAAGGCAGAAGAGGAGGCUUGGGGAGCGGGAGGGGACAACCCAGGGACCCCCACUGUGGGACCCCCCCAUCUGCAGAGCCUGGGGAGCAUCACUGCCUCCAGCAAACCCCUUCAGAGCCCAUAGCGAAAGGGUGGAGGAAACUCCCUGAGCACCAGCGGUAUCAGUUUAUUUUCCACCCCCUCCUGUGGCUUUAAGGAUGACUGAAGCUUAAUGCUUUUAUUUCACCACAACUGCUUUUUUUUUUUUUGGCAGUCAAACAGAGCAAUUGGAAGUCAUUACCGCCCCAUAAAUGUGUGCGGCACCUCUGGCUGCACGUGCACAGACACGCGGGUCCGUGCCUUCGCCUCGUCCCUGCUCACGCAGGAGCAGCGUUCACUGUCCUAUGGGUGACUGUUCAGCCCCUGUGCACAGCCAAGCCCUGAGCAGCAGCUGAAGUUUUAUGUUGUAUUUUAUUUUAUUUUUAUUUACUUAUUAAAUGCCAGGCUAUUUUUUUUUUUACCGCAUGGGUCUGGCAUGCAACGAUAACAUUUAUAUUACCCCUGGAAAGAGAAGCCAACCAUUUCUGUAUUAUUUUCAUGGAUGAAGCUGUUGACUUGUAACAGCCACCCUGCUUGGCUGCCUCCCUAAUGCCAUUAGCCCGGCUCGUUGGAGAGCACUGAAAUGUGCAGGCAGGGUAGGCAACACUCAGCAUUUCCACGAUGACUUUUAAAAGCAGCGAAUCUUUCCACUUGACUCGGCCCCAGCAAGCCCCGAGCAUCCCUGGGCGGGAGCAGCCGGCUCGCAUAGCUCCAGCGUGGGGCUGUGGCUGCCAAGAGGUGACCUUGGCCACCCUCCCCCAGCUUCCUGUAUUAAAAAUCAUCUUUAUUCUGCAAUCUCUCAUUCCUGGGAGUGUUUUCCUGCCUCUCUGGUCCUGCUCUGGCGGAGGCUGCAGCAUCCUCCCUCCCGAAUUGGAUGGGCUGCUCAGUUGUUGCCCUAGCAACGGUGUCUGCACCAAAACUCCCUGCAUUUCCCCCAAUUCCGUGUGGGUUUUGCGCUCAGUGGGCUGGUUUCCAUGAUGGAGAUGACGGUGGAGGAGAUGAUGCCAGACGUUGGCCUGGGCCAGGGCUCCAUUCCCCAGCAAAGGUGGCAGAUGCCGCUUUGGGGUGAAGUCAGAGGGUUUGGGACAACAAUCAUAGAAUGGUUUAGGUUGGAAGGGACCUCAAAGCCCAUCCAGUUCCAACAGGGACACCUCCCACUGGAUCAGGUUGCUUCAAGCCCCAUCCAACCUAACCUGGAACACCUCCAAGGAUGGAGCAUCAAUGACUUCUCUGGUUAACGCCACGAUCCCAGCCAUGCAAAUGAUGCUGAGGGGCUCAGAGCAGGUCAGAGGGAAGGGGCUCCCCCAGAUAAAAUCACACACAAAGUUCACGCCGCUGUUUAAAUGAGAUGGAAAUAACCCACCUCGGGAGCAUCAUACAGUAGCUGCAACAGUGUUUUCACAAAAGCUCAAUAAUGAAGGGGAGAUGAGAGUUAUAAAUCUGAGCAGCAGUAAUAUUCAUGCCUAAAAAAAAAAAAUCAGCAUGUUUAUUUAUCAACUUUACUAUUUUCUGUAAAAUUUACAGUUGAACGCGGCGGAGAUAAUUUAAACACAGCUCCAACCCGCCUGGCAUUGAGGCAAGGGUAACAUGGUUAUUCUUUCCUUUUCAUAAUUCCAAUUCCAAAUAAAGGGAGUGAUUUAUCAGAGAGGGAAAGCACAGCUCUAUUUCAGGGCUGUGACAGCUAAUUGAAAAAGAACAGUUAUUAAGGCCGGUAAUGUGUUUCACCGAAAUGGUUUUGGUAUAUUCUGGAGUCAUUUUGCAGCCGUGUGUGUGAAACGAGACCUGGCCUCAAGCUUAAGGAGUGAAUAAUGACGGAGCGACAGCAGCACGGGGGCACGGGGAGGCAGGAGGAAGGUUUGGAGCGCUGGAAGGAUGUGCUGUGUGAGAACCAGUCCUGAUGUGGGCUCCUAGCGUGCUGCAGCACCACCCCUGGGGGUGCUGAGCCCCACAGCACAUGGAGCACAUGGAAACCCAAUGGACUCAAGGGGCAGGAACAGGAGGGCUGGCGAGCAGGGUCCUGGCAUUGUGGGCUGGGGUCUUGGGCUU